AUGAACGGCACUUCUACCCCUCCAAAUAUACCCCGCGAAAUCUUAUCCCUUAAGGACCUUGAGGCAAAAUGUUUGGAAACAAUGGCGCCGAUGGUGAGGGACUACCUCUAUGACGGUGCAGAGGAAGGGCAUACUAUUCGUGAGAACCUUGAAGUCUGGGACCGAUGGCUGGUGAUCCCACGUAUGAUGCGCGACACGUCGAAUGUAAACCUUACUCCUCGAACCCACCAAUUCAACCAAUCAUGGUCACUUCCACUGGGUAUUGCUCCAUCAGCGAUGCAGCAACUCGCACACCCUUUUGGCGAGAAGGCUACGGCCGCAGCCGCGCGAAGUAUGAAUAUCCCGUUUGGGUUAUCCACCUUUUCAAAUUACACGAUCGAGGAAGUGAAAGAUGCUGGUGGGGAUAGUGUGGUAGGGUUGCAAAUGUAUUUAUUGGAAGGCAGGAGGGAUUUGAAUAUCGAGUUGGUGAAACGGGCAGAAGCUGCCGGCUAUAAAGCCAUAGUUCUAACGGUCGAUAGUCCAGUCCCCGGAAACCGCCCAGGACUGAUAAAAUCCAACUUUGUGAUGCCGAAGCAUAUGAGAUUCAGGAAUUUCUCCGAGGACUUUGGUGGUCCGCUAGAUCAAGCCCAGGAUACGCAAUUUAAUGAUGAUUCUGUAACGGCAAAAAUCGCAAACAGUUCAAAUCCAGAUAGCGCUGCCGCGUGUAGACAAGAGCAAACUACAACAUCUCGGGGCAACCAAUUAAUCGUUGACCCGUCGAUAAACUGGGAGAGAGAUAUGACGUGGUUACGAGAACACACGUCGUUAGAGAUAUGGGUGAAAGGGGUACUGCAUCCAUUGGAUGCGGAAGAAGCGAUCGCCCAUGGUGCGAAUGGCAUAAUGGUGUCUAAUCAUGGUGGUCGACAACUUGAUACCUGUGUCUCGGCGCUCGAUGUUUUGCCUGCAAUUGUCAAACAAGUGAAUGGUAGAGUUCCUGUACAUCUUGACGGUGGGAUAAGAAGAGGUGGGGAUAUAUUCAAGGCUUUGGCUUUAGGUGCAGAUUUUGUGUGGAUUGGGAGGCCGGUAUGGUGGGGGUUGGAGGUGGCAGGAGAGGAAGGGGUUAGGUGGGUCAUCCAAACUUUGAAGAGGGAGUUUGAAGUUGUGAUGAAGUUGAUGGGCUGUAGGCAUGUUGGGGAGAUAAAGAGGGAGAUGGUGGUGACUAAGAAUGGGCUAUUGAGUAUGGGGGGUACUGGAGUCUUUUAA